AAAUCAUGCGAUGGGCUGCACAUCUUCCACAGCUAUAUAAAAAAGCACAAGUUCAAGCCACACUUGUGGAUUGCAAAGAAAGGAGAAGGAGUUCAAGUACGUGAUCGACAACAGAACCUAUGGCUUUGCAAGGCCUUGUGGACUGGAAGGGACAACCAGUUACUGGAAAGAGGCAUGGUGGAGUCAAAGCCAGCGUGUUCAUCCACGUCCUCAUUGUGAUGGCAAAUAUAUCAAACAUACCGCUGAUAUUGAACCUAGUGAGCUACUUACAUGGGACGAUGCACAUGGGUGUCAAGGACGCAUCAACCACUUCAACCAACUUUUUUGGUGCAAUCUGUUUCUUCUCUUUCCUUGGUGCCUUCAUCUCGGAUUCCUAUAUCAAGCGCUUCUACACUAUCCUCAUCUUCGCACCCAUUGAGAUCAUGGGAUACGUGCUCCUAGCAUGCCAGGCACACUUCCCGUCGCUGCACCCGCCGCCGUGCGACAUGAUCAACCACCCCAACGAUUGCAGUGUGGUAAGCGGCCGCAAUUUGAGCCUGCUCACCCUGGGACUGUACCUGAUCCCCGUCGGCGAGGGUUCAAUGCGCGCAUGCGCAGCGGCGCUGGGCGGCGAUCAGUUCGACGGCGAGGACCCAGCGGAGCUGCACGCCAAAAUCAGCUACUUCAACUGGUUCGCCUUCUCCAUCUCGCUGGGAGGGUUCGUCGGUCUCGUCUUCUUGGUGUGGGUGCAGGACAACGAGGGAUGGGGACUCAGCUUUGCGCUUGCUGCUCUCAUGGUGUUCGUCGGCAUGGUCGUCGUCGCUAGUGGCUUGCCAUUCUACCGGCACCAGAAGCCCAUGGGGAGCCCCCUCACAAGAAUCUUUCAGGUUUUCGUGGCUGCGUUCCGGAAGAGGAAGCUAGCAAUACCUGAGAAUCUAAUGGAGAUGCAUGAGCUCACUGACGGCACAGGCAAGACAGCUGAAUUUAUGGAGAGAACUCCAGACUUCAUGUUUCUGGACAAGGCGGCGGUGGACAACGGCGACAAGCGGGCGUGGUCGCUGUGCACCGUGACGCAGGUGGAAGAGGCCAAGAUUAUCCUUCGCAUGAUGCCCAUCUUCCUCAGCUCCAUCCUCGGCAACGUCUCCAUCCCGCUGCUCCUCUCCCUCACCGUGCAGCAGGGCGGGACCAUGGACACCCGCCUCGGCGGCACCAGCAUCCCGGCGGCGAGCCUCUUCGUCGUCCCGAUCGUCUUCCAGAUGCUCACCCUGGUCGCCUACGACCGCGCCAUUGUGCCAUGGCUGCGCCGCGUGACGGGGCGCGCCGGCGGCGUCACGCACCUACAGCGCGUGGGCGUCGGGUUCGUGUUCAGCGUCAUGGCGCUCGCCGUGGCCGCCGUGGUGGAGGGCCGCCGCCGCAGGACGAUGGCCGCCGCCACGCCGAUGUCCGUGUUCUGGCUGAUCCCGCAGUUCUUCCUCCUGGGCGUCAUGGACGUCACCUCCUUCGUCGGCCUGCUCGAGUUCUUCUACAGCGAGGCCUCCGCCGGCAUGAAGUCCAUCGGUGGUGCCAUUGUCUUCUGCAUCCUCGGCGUGUCGUCGUGGCUUGGGAGCUUCCUCAUCCAGGUGGUCAACCACGCCACCGCACACCGUGGUGGGGGCCACGGCAGGCUCGACGGCGCGAACCUCAAUGCCAGCCGCCUCGAUCUGUUUUAUUACUGGCUCCUCGCCGUGUUUGGGCUGGUAUCCUUCUUCCUCUACUUGCUCUGCUCGUGGAGUUACGUCUACAGACACGAUCCAAGGAUGCAAGAUGCCACAUUGGAUGACGACAUAUAAGGUAUAGUAGUGUAGGCCAUGGGUGGUUUAUGAUGACAUUUCCUGUAUUCUCAAUCUGUGUUGUACGUUCUAGAACAUGAAAAUAAUUAUCCCUUCUAGGUGGAUGGAUAUAAGUGCUUCCACAAA